GCGUGUUUAGGUGGCUACGUUUUGCUCCAGGAAAAUGUUCCCACACGGACUGUAAUUGUCGACGCUUACACUAAUCCGGCGUGUUGCAUUCAGGUGGCUAAAUGGCGGAGUCUCAGCAAGAAACAGCCCAUAAAAGACAGAGAAUGUCGAAAGUGUGGGAUCAUUUCAAACUGAAAAAAGAAGACCGGAAAGUGCAAUGCGUGUACUGCAACGCAGAACUGGCGUUUCACAACAGCACAUCUGUGAUGAUACAACAUCUGAUCCGAAAGCAUCCUGUUAAAGUCAGGUCAACAAGCCUCGCCGAAACAAGCUCAUCUCAGCGGCCAAUGGAUUGCUUUCUUCGCUCAGCUACGUCAUGCACCGCUGAAGAAUCUGCCUUGCUAACCGAGAGCAUUUUGAAAAUGCUGGUCACUGACAUGCGUCCACUGUCCAUGGUGGAAGACGAGGGAUUUAAAAAGAUGAUUUCAGCUUUCAACCCGAAGUACAGCAUGCCAGCAAGACCUCAUUUCAAAAGUCUAAUGGAGAAAAAGCACCAACAAAUAACAGAGAAACUGAAAACGGUCCUUCAGGACACUGAAAGUGUUGCAUUGACUACAGACAUCUGGACUAGUAUGGGCACAGAGAGCUAUCUCAGGGUGGCAUGUCACUUCCUGGGGGAAGACUGGGAGAUGAAGUCCUUCUCUCUAACAACAGUGCCUCUCAAAGAGAAUCACACAGCUGCCAAUAUUGCGGACUGUCUGGAGGAGACCACUGACAAAUUUCAUAUUCCCUUCCCAAAGGUGAAGGCAGUUGUCCAUGACAACGGGGCUACUGUAGUGGCAGCAGCAAACAUUUUAAAGGAGAGACAUGGCUGGGUUUCUGUGAGGUGCUCCGGGCACAUUCUGAACUUCAUUGUACAGAGCACGCUGAAAAACAGUAAAACCAUAACUAAUUGUGUGGCUUCUGCGAGAAGCUUGGUUGAACACUUCAAGAAGAGUGAACUGGCCUGUGCCAAGCUUCAAGAAAUGCAGAAACAAAUGGGAAUGCCACCACUAAUGUUGAUUCGGGACGUAAGUACGAGGUGGAACGGCACCUAUCACAUGCUAUCCAGGCUCCUUGGACAAAGAUGGCCCAUGACUGCAGCUCUGUCUGAUCCUACAGUCAAUUCAAGUGGCAAACACCAUCACCUGGAUCUAAAGCCAGAACAGUGGAACCUCAGUGAGGAGCUGACUCGGGUCCUUGGGCCGUUUGUAAGCGUGACCGAGUUUCUGCAUGGCGAACAGUAUGUUACUCUCUCUUCUCUUCCACAGCUGGUCCACAACCUCAAGAAAGCAGCACUGAGUUCAGCAUUUGAAAGCGCAUCAGUGAAGGAAUUCCAGGCUCAAGUGGCAGAACAGAUUACGGAGCGAUGGCAAGAACUGUUUUUCUUUCAGCCCGAAGCUCCGAACACUGUCCUCCUGGCUGCUGCCUUGGACCCAAGGUUUCGAAAACUGAAGUUCUUGCCCGCCGAAGAUGUGUUCAAGGUUCAAAGUACAAUCCAAUCCAUGGCGCUAGCUUUCAAAAAGGAAGAAAGACAGUCACAAGUAAGUGAAGAUGAAGGCACUGCCACAUCAGAAAGCCGUUUUGCUCCAAAGGAUGGGUCAUUUGCCAACACUAUUCUGGGCUCAUCAUCAGAUUCGGAUGCCAGUGAUGAGGAGCAUGAGGCUCAGCAGCUAAGUCAAGCGGUGCAGAAGGAAGUCUUGCAGUAUUUUGGAGAGCUUCCUCUCUCCAAGAAGGACAAUCCACUGCUUUGGUGGAGAACGAACGAAACACGAUAUCCAACCUUGGCGAAGCUGGCCAAGCCUUUUUUGGGUAUCCCAGCAACACUGACGCCAUCAGAGCGUUUGUUUUUUGCUACUGGGAACAUCGUCUCAAGACGGAGGGCAAGUCUUAGUUCUGAGCAUGUUGAUCUGUUGACUUUUCUCCAUUGUAAUCAUAGACUUUUGUAAAUGCGUCAAAACUCACAACUCCAUCGCUCCCCCUCUCUCUCACACACACACUCACAGCCCUACCGUCGUCUAGGUACCUUUGGAAGUUUGUGGAUUCAGCUACUACCCACAACAAAUAGACGAAUUCAUUUUUAUAUACCCAGCACUGACUCCUGGGGGACACCACAAGCAACACCAAGUUUAUUAGAUAGAUCACCUAUUUUUACAUAGUGUUUGUUCUGUGAAAUAACUAUUUAACCAGUUCCCAACUAUCCCUCUGAUCCCUUAUCUCUCCAAUUUAUUGAGUAAAAGUGAGUGAUUUAUGGUAUCAACUGCCUUUUUUUGGAAAAAUGAAAUAUUCCAACUUCAUGUUUUCUUUUUGUCCAAUGAGUUUGUUACUUCUUCACCUGUUUCAACCAGUGCCAAUGAUGUGGUCCUUUUAGCUCUGAAACUAUACUGGGCUUCAUUUAAUGUACAAUGCUUUACUCGGAAUUUCUCAACAUGAGAAUUGAAGAGCUCUUCAACACUUUUUUUUUAAACUGUGGAAGCAAUAAAAGUGGCCUAUAAUUUGUAAAAUUAUGCGUAUUAUCAUUUAUGUACAACAGAAUUUUUUAAAAUGUUCUUAGGAACGUGGCCUGUUUUGAAUGACAGGUUAGAAGUGUAGAUGAUAGGUUUUGAAAUAUUAAAUAUAACAGUUUUUAUAAAUGACAUCCAUAUCAUAACUGUCAGUUGACCAUUUUCUUUUACUUUUAUGCAUUCUAUAAGUUAUUUCUUGUUCACAAGUUGCGUCAAGAACAUGGACGGGGGAUUACUAUGUACAACACCACCACAUUGAAAGGUAAUAUGAUCUAACAUUUUAGCAGCCAGCUCUGGACCAACAUUCACCCAAAAAAUAUUGAAGCUAUUAAUAGAAUCAGUCAUAUUAAAAUUAGGACCAUGCUCAUCCUCACAGUACUUUGGAAACAUAAACUUGGAUGACCCAUGUUUUAUUAAAGUAUUCAUGUUUUUUCCAGGUU